AUGGCCCCUCAACAGCAGCAUCAACGAGCAGGCCUCAGCCGGUUCCCGAUGGCGUACCGCCUGUUCUUCCUCUAUAUAGAGCCCGUCUCGGCCCUCGUGGGCGCCUUCUUCGCCCACUUCCGCCAGGAUGACUACCUCCUCCUAACCCACGCCGCCUCCGCCCCGGCCCCGGGCCAGAUCCCGACCGGCACCUCCAUGGUCCUGUCCCAGCUGGCGAACCUGUACCUGCUCUUCACCCUCAACGAGGCCCUUGUCCUCCGCUCCACCUCGGACCCGCACGUCUGGAAGACGGUGCUGUUCGGGCUCCUGGUCGCCGACCUGGGCCACCUCUGGACCGUCAGGCAGCUGGGGCUGGACGUCUACCUGCCGUGGAACUUUGCCCGGUGGAAUGCUAUCGACUGGGGCAAUAUUCCCUUUGUGUAUCUGGGCGCCAGCAUGAGGGCUGCCUUCAUCUCCGGGGUGGGCAUGGGUGGCCGUGGGACAGAGGCCGAUAGGGCCAAGAAAGGCUGA